AGAAGCGGAGAGGAAAAGAGAGAAAGUUGUGGUGAGUUCGAGGAAAAGAGGCAGGACACGCGGAACACGGUCCGCACACUGAAGAGUGAGGAAUCGCGAACUUUCUGCUUUCAUUUACUGAAUCACACCAGACAGACAGACAGCCAGCCAGACAGACAGACAGACAUGAGCUGUGAUAGAAGACCUGAGACUUUUACUGGGAGUCUGUGAACAUUUUCCCAACGAUGGACAAACAAAAAGUUCUGGCCCGGCUGGUUUCGGAUCUGCAGGCGUUUUUGCUGGUUCUGGACAGUGAGAACCUCAGCUACAUUGCUCAGGCCCAGAAGAAGUCCAUCUCAGAGCUGCUGUCCAAGCUACAGGACCCCAAAGAAACGCCAGUGGAGGAUGCGGAGUACAUGAUAAUGAACUGUCCGUCUGGAGGCCCCAGCAGUGAUCUCAGGGAAAGCUCAGUGGCUGAGGCUCUGGAUUCGGCAGAACACCCUCUAUCCUCCAACACCACUUCUGAAUGGCUGCGGCGUGGGCCCAUAGGCCCCGUGGUGCCGCCCCACCCUCCGGAGGGUUUAGAGGAUGAUGAUGACUGUUAUGAAGAAGCAGAACCUUUUAUUCCGGCCAGUCAGUCGACAGAUAAAAUGGACUCGGACAGCAGUCAUUACGAGUCGUACGGUGAGGAGGAAGAGGAGGAGGAUUUUGUGAAGGAUCGGGCUCAUUAUAUCCAAUGGAGCGCGUCCCAGCCCUGCCUCCGGCCCGUCCCCGAGUCACGUAUCUGCGGGUAUCUGUGGAGGAAGAAGUGGCUCGGCCAGUGGACCCGCCAGCUCUUCAUCAUCAAACACAGCUCUUUACUGUGCUUCAAGUGUGCGAAAGACCUGCACCCUCUGCUGGAGAUGAACCUGAGGGGCAGCCAGGUGGUCUAUAAGUCCAAGCACAGUAAGAAGAUGCAGCACGAGCUGAAGGUGGUGUCCGGCUCGGACACGCUCGUCAUGGGCUUCCAGAGCUGCAGCCAGGCCGAGGAGUGGAGGAAGAUCAUCGAGGAGCUCAGCGGCUCUUCAUAUUACGAACCCGAAUCCCGCAGUUCAUUAUCCAUACUGAAGAGUGAAAGACUGGACUCUUGCAGGUCAAGUACAGUUCUCCACACUGAUUCGGAUGAGGAGACGCUCUCUGGUCUUCCUUCUGCUGUCAGCAGCCUGGAGAUCAGUAAAGAUAAAGACAGAGCUGGCUUUCUGAAUGUGCUGAUGAACUGUCAGUGGCAGUCUCUGUGGUGUAAGGUGGAAGAUGGUGUUCUGAAGAUGUUCUGUGAUGAAGUGUGUGAAGACACUCCUCAGUAUACGGUCCAGCUGCGGGGCAGCGAGGUCCGGCCCGGUCCAGACACAGCACACGCCUACCGCAUCACCAUCCUGCAACACGGAGACCAGGUGGCCGUUCUAGAGGCCAGCUGCUGUGAUGAUAAAGAGCAGUGGGUUCAGGUCCUGCAGGAUGGGAGUUCCACUGCUGUCGGCUCUCCGUACCAACAUACCAGCCACGAGUCACUGAGUGGCCUGAAGAUCCGCAGGUUCCCCACAUCCAACACCUACAUGGACGACCCCUUCCAGCAGCUCUGCAGCAGCGUCCACUCACAGCCCAUCUACUCCAACACGUCCAUCCUGGAGCACAUGUUUCAGAAACCUCACGCUGGUGGAAACGGAGAGUCGGUGUCAUCAUCAGAUUCUGCCAGCUACAGCAAUAAUGAGAUCUUCAGUAACCCCGGGAAGAAAGCGUGUGAGGUGGAGAGGAGUGUGCAGAAGCUGGAGCUGGCAGGAAAACGACGAGUGCAGCUGAGAGCGGGGUCAGAGGUCAACCUCAUCAAUGUGGGCUCAAAACCGGCCAAACGCUCGUCCUUCAGACAGUCUCUACUGCCGUUCUGCACUGAGAGAGCACAGGGAGGGUUCCUGACUCCGCUCCUUCGACGGACAGCCUCUGCCAAGAACUCCCUGAAGAGGGCGCCCUCUGCCCUGUUUAUUGAGCACGGCAAAGUCUUCCAGAGGAGGAAGGAGUGGGAAACGAAGGCAUCGGCUUGACAUCGGCUCCUUCUUCUCAACCCGCUCACAUUCCCCUCCGUUUAUUACGAUGAUGAUUAUUGUUAUUAUUGUUAUUAUUGUUAUUACUAUGAUUUUAUUGCACUGAGAACAUUAAUGUUACUGAGCAUGUGGAUCAUGCAGAUGAUUAGAUCUUUUUUCAGGAUUUUUCUGGUGGGUACUUUGACUUUUUUCUGUAGUUACUGAUCACAGCAGUCCUUUAGCUUUAUUCUCUCCGUCAUUUCGCACGGCCUGCACAAACCUGGAAAAAGAAAACAAACAAAGUUUCCGGCCUCGUUUCGCUUCGGAGAUUCAGUCCGACAUUAACCGAGUAGCAGGUUAGCACCUCAAGCUUCCGCUGAGCCCCUUUGAAAGAAAAGCUAAAACGUCUAAAGAUUUGAGAUCAGGAGAAAAAGGUGCUAUUGCUUUAAAUCCAUGUACUGCCUUAAAGGGAAAGUCCACUAAUCUUUCAAAAUUUCUGCAUUAAUAAGUCCUGAAGAGUCGUUCCGAGCGGUCCGGUGUGAAGCACUCGGUUCUAGAGAAACUUGUCGAGUCAGAACCGUUCACAGUGGUGGUGAUGGGAACCAGACGUCCCCCUCUAAAAGCUCAUCACAGACAGUUCCUACAUGAGAACUGGUUCUGAACGCAUUUUUACUGUUAUGGAGGAGGGACACAUGCAGGACAAUGUGAGGCAGUGUAGUCCCCUCAAAAAACAUGUUUUGUUCAGAUUUUCCACUAUUUUCCCAUCAUCAUCAUUCCAUAUAAACUCAGAAGACUCGUGUAGGUUCUCUGGUGGUUCUGGAUGGUAAAUAAAAUGUGUUGUAGUCAUGGCGACGCCUGGUUCCCAUCACCUGUUUACAUAUUAACCACUGAAUUCAAUGAAAAAUGGGUGGAAUGACCGUUUAUUACCGUUUGAUCAGAAAUCUCUGCUCUGUAGUUUAGAGGUUAAUGAAAGAACGGAAUGUCUGGCUGAAACUGACCGAAGAGAAUCAGA